GAACACGAGUGAUUGGUGUGAAACAAAAAUGCCUUUUCAAUAUAACUUAGUACCGUUGCACGGCCGCAGGAGAGCACGACUUUACGCAGUGGUGUAGACCCGCCGUGAACAUAGUCGGCCACCGCUUUCAUUUCCUGCGUUUAUGUAUCACUCUCGAAGAUGUUUUUUACCUCAUGGUCAACAUAUUUGCAACAGAACUGUUCUGCUUCUUUCCUGAGUAUUCUGGAUAGGCCUCCACAAAACUGUCCAGAUCUGUAGAACUGUAGUGCUUGCUCUAUUUGAGGAUACGUGUGACUUCCUUACACCAUCUGCGAAGGGAGUUAAUUCAGCGCCUGCGAACGUUUUCUGUUCUUGUUGGUGAACACAUCUCAACCGCACUUUGUGUUUCACCGUCUGUUGCAACGGUAUGCUCGACGAUUCCCCCCAUACUUGUCAUCCCUGGCCGAUGUACACGCUUUCCUGUGGUCGUCAGCUUGCCAACUUCUUUGUACUUACGUGACCGAGUUACGACAUCGCUGAGUUACAGGAGUGGUUUCGAAAGCACUCCAGAGUCGCCCGUUUUCCAACGAGGGUGUGGCUGGGCAUGCUUGGCAACUGCUUGUGUGCACUUCAACCGUUUCAUCUCAAGGUCCGCAAACAACUGGAAACUCCACUGUCUUCUCACCGCCCUCACCUCCCCCUUUGCGAGAAUUGCUUUUUCAGUCCCAGCAGCAGCGGUUAAACAUCAGAAGACUCGAACACCCUACUUGCACACCAAGCGCUCUGCGUUGAGAUCUGUUUAUCGGAACGAAACCGCCAGUGAUGUCAGGAGAACUGACUCUCUGGGUCACUGGCGGCUCACUUCCAAGCAGGGGAACAAGUGUAGUGAUCGCCUCCGUAAACGCUCGUGACAGAGAACCACUGGGGUCGUUUGCCUGCAUUCUCUCAAGAACCGGAAAAGACGUCGACACUUGAACUCCGCAAACGCGCAGGAAGAGAACGAGGAGAGAACAACAGACUCACUCUUCCGCUUGAGAAGAACUUGCUUUGCUCACCAUGGCGGAAGAAGAGCCCUCUGUAAAACAGCUUCCCGAUGGCUCUCAGGUGAUCUGCGAGGGUGGCGUUUGUCGCCUGCUUCCGCCUCCUGCCAGACAGGAUGCCAGCGACACAGGUGAAGAGGAAGGAAAGACCAAUGAAGAACAAGGCGAGGACACCGUGGAGAGGACCCAGGGGGGCAACCCCGCCUUUGUUGCUCAACAUAUCAGCAUGGAACAAGCUGACCAGUUAGUUGACUUCGGCUUCCCCAGGCUCCGCGCCGAGAAGGCACUUUUUCACGUUCGGCAGCAGCCAGGCGGCGGGGGCAUAGAAGCCGCGGUCGAGUGGCUUGAGGUGCAUGCAGAGGAUGAAGAUAUAGACGAACCGAUAAAGGAGGAAGAAAAGCCAAAGGAAAAAGUUGUCUUGACGGAAGAAGAGGCUCAGCGACGAGCCUACGAGCUGCAGAAGAAACUCAGAGAGGACCGUAUCGAACGAGAGAAAAAGGAAGCUAUCGAGCGCGAGAAGCUUCGUCUUGCACAGACCAAAGCGAUGCUGGAACAGAACGCCAAGCUGGAGGAAGAGCAAAGAAAGAGGCAACUGGCACAGCUGCAGAAGGAGAAGGAGGACCACAAAAGGGAACGCGAGCGACAACGCCAGUUGCUGCGUGAAGAAUAUCGUGAACGCUUCGGCUGCGAGAUGCCAGAGGAAGACGAUGCGACGGAGGAAGGCGCAGCAGCACGGCUGAAGAAGAUGAACGGAAAAGAGAAAGUGGCGUACUGGUGUAACCGGCUGAUGAAAAAAUACAGAAAGGAUCAGAAGGAACAACUUCGCGUGUGUUUCACCACUGUCCGGGUGUACUGUGCGAACGCGAAAGACCAUCCACUCGAAGAAAAAUACCUCAAAAUCCGAAAGGAGAACAACGCAUUCAAGUCUCGAGUUCUGCCUUUUGAGGGAGCUCUGGAGCUCCUGGACGUUUGCGGUUUCAAAGACACAGGCGACUUUUUAGCCAUAAGCGGCCAGCCGGAUGGCUUCGUUCUGGGACAAGCUCUGAAGUUUCUCGAUGUUCUUCUCGAGCAGCUGAAAAACUAACGCAGACCACGCACAUGUUUUCUCAUCUCUUUGGCGUCCUUUUUCGAAAGGAUUCGUCAAAGCUACAUCCGUCCUGGGGUCACAGAAGGUUUAGAUCACAACAGCCCGCCUUCAGCCUCCUGUGACAGGCUUGGUAUUUGAUAGUUGUUUACAUCGACGUAUACACAUAUCCCUCUACAUGUGCCUAUGUGGAUAGGUCUGCGUGUGUCUGUGAAUUGCUUAACGUAUACAGAGAAACUGACGUAGAUUUGGUCUGCGUUGUGUCAACUUGUUCGUACUUUUCGCUCAACUCUACGUCCUUCCCUCUCAACCUGUCGAUCUGUAAUCGUGCCAGUCCAGCUCCACAGAACCACAGAAAUGCCGGCCUUCAUACACACAAACACCCCUGGCUGUUUGACACCGAGCGCAGAAGCUUCCUGCGGGAAGGCGAGACGGAUUUUUACGUUCGCACAUCGACAAGUAUGUGUGCAUGGACGUAGCAUCGCUGAAGUUCUGCGUGAAUACAUUUGAUGAAAGAUCUUUUGUGUCAAGGGUUUUCCUUGGUGCCUCUGAAGCGGCAUCAUCUGGUGCGAAUGCUGAAAACGCGCCGGCCUGGUGGAACAGGCGAAGUGGUUGCGACGGAUCCGAUCAACAUGUUUUCGUGAGCGAAGAUUUGACACGAACAGACUCAGUCUCUCUCACAGUGUUUGUUGUCGAACCGCGUUCUGGUAAAGAACCCAUUUAAUGGCUGUAUCAUGUUCCCGUCUGUUGCGCAAAACACCGACUAUAGCGGACUCCGUUGCCUCCCCAAGAAGGACGGGAAAGACGUUUUUGAUUCAUACUGCAGGGUAACUUUAUGAUGUCUUGUCGGCAGACGCAAAGUUCCCUGCAACGCUCGAGUGCGUGCAGUUGAAAACCUUUGCCGAUCCGUACCUGCCGACUCACCGGCUCGUUUCUAUCAGUUUAUGCCUUUGAGGAUCCUUGAACAAAUCCAGAGACUUCGUUUCGUAAUGCAAUCGACAUUUCA